AUGGAGGCUCCUGAGUCCACACCUCCCGCACACUUGAUUCUGAUUCUCGAUAUUUCACCUGUUCAAUGGCAGCUCUCCGCGUCAUCAACCGCGAAUGGUGGACAAGGGAUGGACUUGUCGACAUUCCUAUCCCAAGUUUUGGUUUUUGUUAAUUGUCAUUUGGGAUGUAGACAAGAGAACAGCGCAGCCAUACUUGGUGCCUUUCCAGGGCGCAGCUUGACCUUGUACCCGGCACCUGCAAGUACCCAAUCAAACACCGGUCUCGGACCCGAGUCAGAGUCGAAUACUUAUCACGGGUUCCGGUCAGUUGACGAUGUGUUAAUGGAGAGGAUACAGUCGGAAUUGGCUUCUAUGUCCGAGUCUGAUACACAAAAGCCGAUCGCACUUGUUCCCUCGUUGACUCAGGCUCUAUGUCAAAUCAACAGAAUAUCCGCGCCCCAACAAAAACUCGCAAGCGAAAAGGCGGCAGCAUCGUCAGCCUCCAUUACAGACUCCCGCAUCCUGAUAUUGUCUGUGUCGCCAGAUGCUUCGACACCAUAUAUCCCAUUCAUGAACUGCAUCUUCUCGGCGCAAAAAUUGCGAGUUCCAAUCGAUGUUUGCAGAGUCUUUGGCCCCGACACUAUAUUCUUACAACAAGCUUCAUAUCUAACCAGGGGGUGUUAUCUCAACCUGGAUAGCGGAUCUUCUCUGCUACAGUCUUUGACGAUGUGUUUUCUCCCAUCGGCAUCGCUCCGAAAUACUAUCGAGCUCCCAAGCCAGGGCAAAGUCGACUUUCGCGCGUCAUGUUUCUGUCACAAAGAAGUUGUAGACAUGGGUUACGUUUGCUCUGUAUGCCUAUCAAUUUUUUGCAAGCCAGUAGUCGUGUGUGCGACGUGCAAGAUCAAAUUCCCGAUAGCAUCCUACAAAAAGAUGCUGAGUGCAACUGCCAUUACAAAGUUGAGCGGUGCAAAGCCCAAGGCGUGA